AUGCAGAAGAGGCAGAAAAAAAGGGAACAGAAAGACGAAAAUAACAACAAAAAUAAUGGCAAAAAUAAUGACGAAAAUAAUGACAAAAAUAAUGACGAAAAUAAAGACGAAAAUAAAGACGAAAAUAAAGACGAAAAUAAAGACAAAAAUAAAGACAAAAAUAAAGACAAAAAUAAAGACGAAAACAAAAACCAAAACAACGACGAAAAAAAAGGGAAUUAA